ACGUCUUUCACUUUGACAUCUUUCACUUCCAGUAUCUCUUACUUCGACCCUGCCAAGCUAGUCCAUCAACUGUUCCAACCCUAAUUUUCGUUUACAAGCUUGAUCUCCACCUUCCACCUACCACCAAUCACUCCACAGCUACUCCUACCAUGGCACAUUCCGACCACAAAGAGCCAGUAACAGAGCCACCGGCCUUCGGCACCAUCGUCAGCAAAGGCUGUGUCGUGAUCGAGGUGGGACCCCACCAUCGGAAGUACGACGUCCAUAAGGGCCUGCUUGUCUAUCACUCCGAGUACUUCCGAAAUUCGCUACGUGGCUCAUGGAAGGAGGCGCGAGAAGGCAAGAUCGUGCUGGAGGAUGUUGAUCCUCACGUUUUCAACACGUUUGUCUAUUGGCUCUACACGCAUACACUCGCACCAGAUUACAAAGAUCAAGAUUUCGGCCAUGAUCUUGAAAAGUCAUCAAGACAUUUCGUAGUGAGUAUCCAAGCAUACGCCUUUGGGGACAGAUUCCUAGUUCCUGCAUUUCGACGAGCGGUCAACAACGACCUUGUCACAUUCAUCAAGGAAUUAUACGUCGAAAUAGAAGACAUGGUAGCCAUGGCUCAAGAAGCGUUCGCAACGAUCCCCUCGGACCGGCCGAUUCUACAGUUGCUUGUAGAUGAUCACUGCGAUUAUUGGUAUCAACGGCAUGAGGGUGAUGCGGCUCUACUAGACAAACUUCCUCAAGCCUUUCUUGUCCGUGUGAUGAGGAGAUUUGCUGAGCAGAAGGGGAACAGCAAGAAAGUCAAGCGUUGUUACUACGAGCAUGGAUCGGAGGAAGAGGCCAACGACUGUCCACAUGAACACAUGGUGUUUGACGAAGAGUUACAAUGUGGCUUCUUCGGAGAACAAACUACCGACUAA